UUUUCAGCUGACUACCGUGUCAACGUCCGUAUUUACUCUGCGCCUCUCUGCUGCUCCUCACUUCGUUCCGGCAAAAGUGGGCGUGUCCAGCGGGGCGUGACCGUGCGAGAGUGUAGAGAGCGUGCGUCCGAAGUGUAGAGCACGCUAGACGCAGACAGCAUCGGAGCCGUGGUCAGAGACGCAGAGUGGGCUGAGCCGGGUGGCGGCAAGAGCGCGCGAAUGCCGGCUGCUGCUCGUCGCGGCGCACGACUCUAGCGAGGCGACUCUAAAUGCGACGCUGGCUGUGCUGGCUGACAGCGGCUGCGACAUGUGUGGCGCUACUCGCGCAACACUUUGCCGUAUCGCCGCCGAUCGUCGAUUCGCAGCUACUACAGCAACACGUUCUGCAACAAGAGGAUUGCCCCGAGCGAUGUCCUGUAUGUAAAGAACCGCUGUGCGAACAUACUGUACUCGACCAAUGCGGGUGUUGUCCGGUAUGCGUUCGACAAGAAGGCGAUAUAUGUGGCGCAGAUGCGGGCGUCUGUGCUGCACAUCUACGAUGUACACAACAAAAUGAUGAGAAUGAACACGGUAUCUGUACAGAAAUGUUUCCCGAGCGAUGUUUGAAAGCUCAGUGUUCGGUCGUAUUUCAUCCAGAAUGUCCGUCAGACUCUCGACUCGUCAUACUUCCGCCACCACCUGGUGAAUGCUGUGGGCGACCAGGCACUUGCCAUUGUGAUCAGCAGAAGUGUGAAGCAUUUGUCCCGGUUUGUGAACAAGGCAUGGAACGAGUAUUAGUAAAAGAAGGUGGUCAUCAGCCUGGCUCAUGUUGUGAUGUAUUUGAAUGCCGGAAACGAGAGCUUCGUUGUGAAUCGGUACAAUGUCCUUCGCAUGUCUUUGACGAGGACGAAGGCGUUGAUUGUCCGGCAGACAGUGUUCGUCCGGCGGAACACGUUCCAAAUGGCCUAUGCUGUCCGGUACGACCAGGAUGUCGCUGUAGAGCAGCCGUAUGUCGUCCAGCCGUUUGUGAUGAGGGCAAAAAAUUGCGUAUCAUCCGGAAGGGCACCGGUACACCUGGACGAUGCUGCGACGAGUGGACCUGCGAUGACGAUCCGCAGCCUUUGUCGAAAUCUUGCAUUCGAGAUGGAAAGACGUACUCAGAUGGAGAAGAAUGGCAUACAUCAUCAUGUGAAGUUUGCCGAUGUAAGAAAGGAGUUGCCGUUUGCAGUAAAAUGUCAUGUCCGAAAACACCGCCACAAUGCUCAUGGAUUGUCAUCCCAGAAGGAGAAUGCUGCCCGAUUUGUGUUGGUUGUCAAACAGAAAAAUUGGAAAAGAAAAGAAAAAAUGAAACGUGGCAGAAAGAUGAUUGCACUACAUGCACUUGUUCGGAAGACGGAACACCUAUAUGCGAAAAGCAUAUGUGCCGUACAGAAUGUGAAAAUCCUCGUAAGGUGGAAGGACAAUGUUGCCCUGUUUGUGACGAACCACUCCUGCUCACAAUGCCAGUGGCAUGUCCAUCCAUAGAACAUUGCCCACUCCGAUGUGAAGCUGGACUCCAGCGUGAUGAACGAGGAUGCUUCCAAUGCGAAUGUGUGCCAACAAACAGACCAGAGCAAUGUCCGGCACUUUCAACUCAAAAUUGUGACAAACAGUGUGCACAUGGAUAUGCAAAAGAUGCAGCAGGAUGUGUAGUGUGCAAAUGUGCCAAAUGUCCACCAUUACACCAGUGUAUGAAACAUUGUCUCUACGGAUUUGAGUCAAAUUCUAUCGGAUGUCCAGUAUGCAAAUGUAGAGCGAUAUCCCGGAUCGAGGCGAAGCUGACUAUACCAGAAAAGAUUGGACGGCUGGCAGGUUGGGAUAAAUGCGUAUCGCUUAGUCCAAGUGGUCGUGUAAUUGAACGAGAUGGUGGUGAAUGGUGGAGUGAUGGCUGUCGUCAUUGUUUCUGCGAACAGAAGCAGGAAUACUGUUCGUUGAUUUCAUGCGCACCAAGGCCUCCAGAUUGUGCCGAAGAGAACUGGGUACACGAAGAAGGUGCCUGCUGUUCAUCCUGCGUGUCCACAGCAAACAAGUCAGCAGUGCUCACAUCGAAGCACGAACAUACCGUAUGCCAAUCCCCUGGAUCUGGUAGAAUAUUUACAGAUGGUGAGACAUGGCAAUUGGCGCCAUGUGUAUCGUGCACAUGCCGCGUCGGACAUGUCUUAUGUAGAGCGGUCGAGUGCCCGGCGAUCGCUUGCCAUCAUCCUGUCAUGCAUCCCGAUGACCAAUGUUGCCCAAAAUGCCCUACGAAUAACACAGAAAUUGUGAACGCUGAUAUGUCAGUGGUUUGCACCGAUGGUUCUGGUAUAGCCCACCAAGCAGGAGCUUCAUGGCGAACAGAUGACUGCACGUCAUGUGAAUGUACUGCUGAAGGAAAAGUGAUCUGCUAUCGACAACAAUGUGACGACGAUACAGCAUGUAAUGGAAAGCCGCUAACAAUCAAAGGACGGUGUUGUCCCGUUUGUGAAGAUGCACUUUCCGCUGCAGUGUGCUCCUUCGAUUCAUCCGUGUAUAGUGUGGGCGAAGAAUGGCGUCAAGACACUUGUACCAACUGUUCUUGUCAGCCUGGUGGACGCACUGUAUGCCGCCAACUGGUGUGUCCACAGUGUGUUGAACCGGUACCGAUAGAGGGACAUUGUUGCCCACUUUGUAAAGAUCAAGGCUGGGCAGCGUUCGAAGGAAGCGGCACUUCAUUAGCACCACCAGCGCCGCAUUCGAAUUCACUACCAUGGAUCGGACUCUGCCUUAUGUCCCUAGCUAUCGUCGGACUCAUUGUUGUGCUGCUCAUUCUCUACAAGAGAAGUCGUGGCGAGACAAAGAAGUCCUUUGAAAACACGUCGUCCUGUGUGCGAUUAUCGGGGUCGAAACCGAUUGGCUCAAUGCCUCAUCUAGUCGACUGGCCGCCGAACUCAAGAAAGGAUUCGCAUGGAGACGGGCAAAGCGAAAGCCUACUGUCUACGGUAAAUCGUCGUAUGAAGGACUACAUAUAGUUUGGUGCUCGUGGGUUUUGUUGGUGUGUUCGAUAUGCAUUGUACAGUGUGAAAUAUCUGACACAAUGACUGCAACCAGCUGCGCUUCAUCUGGAGCAGAUGGACAUAUUGACACUCGUCCACUGACGGUCCGUUCUAAACAUCAGUUCCAGUGUCGAGUAUGAUUCGGUAGAAGGUGUCCACAACGUUAUCGAAAGGCGUUAUUGCUGAUUCAGCAGAAUUUGUCAAAUAACGCAGUCACCAGUGUCGUCAUGUACAGUUCAUUUUAUUUUCUUUGCAUAUCUGCCAGACACACCAUCAUCUGCACGCUGUCCCAACAUUAGAAAUCAAUAUUUCUUCUAUCAAAAGUCAUCUUUUUGGCGAUGGCGUGCAAUUUUCUCAAAUCAGAAUCGUGUACACAAAAUAAUACGGUAGCUCUGUUGUCAUUGGGUGUUCGUACAAGUUUCGGAUCAAAAUUUCGAAUUAAGCCGAUUCUAAUCCAAAGACAUUGAUCUGAACUUGUAUGGAUUCAUCUAAAUUAAUCAUAAUCGCAUGUAAAGUAGGUCACUUAGGUACAAAUCAUCUCCUCCUUAUCUGGUUGUGUCCCAUUAUAUUUGUGGAAUAUCUAUCUCUUAGCUCACUUCAAUACGAUCACGGAAUGGUGUCAAUCUAUCCAUUUUCACAAUCAAAUCCAUAGAAAGUUGUCAACUGAUCAUGUAUUUGUGUCGUCUCCUAAAUUAUCAUGCUCCAAUCCGAAAGCAUUUAUUCUUUUACUCGCGAGUCCCAAUCGCAACACAGGGCAUUGUAUAUACAGCAGCAGCAGCAGCCACGGCAGCAAUGUGUCCUUAUAUUUUUCUUUUUUUCCUGAAACAGCUGAUCGGAAUUCCCGAAAAUAUGUUCGGUUUGAAUUAUGCAUUUUGGCCAUGAAAAAAAAUUGCUGUCUCAUUAUUUGGUGGAAAUCAAUUUGGUCCAAAUGUUCGUUUCAUGUAAUAAUACAUAAUAUAUGUGUCGCAUCGAGCUUUUGUUCAUACGCGUUAUCAAUGCAUAUUGAUUAUUAUUGAUUUUUCUGAGGCGUUGCGCGUUGCACGCAUACGCGCAUGCACAAGUCGUUCUGUCCGGUCAUUUUUCGUUUAGUGUUCGUGUCUUCGAUGUUUUGUGCUAGAUUCGUGCGAAUAAACAGCUU